UUAAUUCCAGUCAACAACAGGGCUAACGCUUUAAGCUAAUCCUGAAUAGUUACCUGUUGCUUAAAUUACGUGUGUAAAUGUUACAUAAGACAAACUAUUAAGAAAAGCUGCUUACUGUCAAAGUGUACUUCAUCGUCCUCUUCGGUGGCAAGAUUUGGCAGACUGCAGUCAUGAUUACCAACGGCUUUAAGCAGACGGCUUCGGGGAAGUAGAAUCUUAUUACUGCUACUAGAACAUUCCUCCGAUCGCAAGUGCCUGCUAGCGGACGUUAAACUGUACAUGUUAACUGACCAUAAUAAAUAAACGAGGAUCUGAAUUUAGGCGAGCAAAUACUAUCUGUAAUAGUUCAAACAAACUUGGUUAUUUGUUUAUACAAUUGGACAACAAUUCUCACUAGUUGUAAGGUGGCGGCCAUCUUUCCUCAGACUCAGGAAGGCACCGUCAGCCAAUACAAUUUAUUGUUAUAAAAUAUUAUUUGCUGUCAUUAACAAAAUGAAACUCUACAGAACGCACAUAUGAUUAUAAACAUCUAAGUAAAUAUACAUUUUGAAUCAACUAUGAAGAAAAAUAAGUGUCUUCCCAUGACGACUCUUUAUUUGUACAUUCAACCCUGUGUCUUUUGUACGUGCGCCCUAAAGCCACACUGGCCCUAUGACGGUGAUGAAAUGUUACAGUGCGAUAAAAUAUUUAGAGAUAAGUUAUUUUUGUAGUGAGUUAGUUUUUAUAUUUUUAUAAUUUUACGUACAGGUUUUUAUUAAUAAUUCCUCUCUUUUUAAAGGUACAUGUGAUGCGCUUAGUUUGUUGACAUGCGCAUCUAAUACGCAGCGGUGACUUGUCUAAUGUCCAUCUACGCUGCGCGCUUGGAACCUGCUGGAGCCAUCAAGGCCAUUGACAAGAACUCGGUGCAUCAAAUCUGCUCAGGUCAGGUGGUGCUGACCUUGGCCACUGCUGUUAAAGAACUGGUGGAGAACAGUAUUGAUGCAGGGGCCACCAACAUUGAUGUCAAACUGAAGGAGCACGGAAUUGAACUCGUGGAAGUAUCUGAUAAUGGAAAAGGUGUCGAGGAGGCCAACUUUGAAGGAUUGACGUUAAAACAUCACACUUCAAAAUUGAGGGAUUUUUCCGAUCUCCUCCACGUGGAGACAUUUGGCUUCAGAGGUGAAGCCCUCAGUUCUUUAUGUGCACUAAGUGACGUAAGUGUGGUGACGUGCCAUGAAUCCAGCACCGUCGGGACCAAGCUGGUCUUUGACCACAAGGGCCACUUGGUUCAGCGGCUACCUCAUCCACGGCAGCAAGGCACCACAGUCACCCUGCAGCAGCUCUUCCUAACCCUUCCCGUCAGACACAAGGAGUUCCGGCGCAAUAUUAAAAGGGAGUUCACCAAAAUGGUGCAUGUUUUGCAGUCUUACUGCAUCAUCUCUACUGGCGUGCGCAUUACCUGCUCCAACCAAAGUGGACAGGGGAAGCGCAACAUUGUUGUAAACACAAGUGGAAGCCAGAAUAUGAGAGACAACAUAGGAGCUAUAUUUGGACCCAAACAGCUACAGAACCUUCUGCCCUUUCAGCACGUGCCUCCUAAUGAUAAUGUCUUGGAAGAAUAUGGUCUUGAGAACGCGGAACUCCCCCCAAAAUUAUUUUGCAUCACAGGCUUUGUGUCACAAGCAGACCACGGUUCGGGAAGAAGUGCCACAGACAGACAAUUCUUUUUUAUAAACAAGCGACCAUGUGACCCCCAAAAGGUGACCAAACUUGUGAAUGAAGUCUAUCAUAUGUAUAACAGACAUCAGUAUCCAUUUGUUGCCCUGAACAUCGAAGUUGCCUCAGAGUGUGUGGAUGUCAACGUUACCCCAGACAAGCGGCAGAUUCUCCUUCAGGAGGAGAAACUCUUAUUGGCCAUUUUAAAGUCUUGUCUCAUCAGCAUGUUUGAGGCCGGGGUCAAUAAAAUUAGUCUAAAUAAUACUCUCAUUCCCAGCAGCGCGACUCCAUCGAAACAAUCUGAAGAGAACAUGAUUGAGUUUGGAGAUAACACACGACUCGUGACUGAGAGCCCGAAGUCAUCCCUGAACUUGGCUGAUCUAAAAGCUGCUUUUUCCAAUUACCACAACUCCAAUUCUGGUGUCAAGUCCAAUUUGUCAAAAGCUGCCAAUAAUUCUCCGGCGCAAAAAAACAUCAAGUCUUUCUUUAAAGACACUGGAAAAACUUCCUGUAAUCCAAGUGGGAAAUCUCCUUUAACCCUCAAGUGUAGUUUGAAGACAGGUUCCUCAGCAGGGAGGUCAGUUCUGGAUGGGUUCAGAUAUGGUAAAGGUCGUGACUCCAAGGACAUUGUUCCAUCCUGUUUGGACAUUCCUUCACCAGAUAGUCAAAAUUGUGACCCACAUUCACCUGCUUUUGAUGUGGAAGAACCGAUCAUAAAAAAAGAAGCACCGACAGAGACAACCGAAGUUCUCCAGGAGUCUUACCUGCAAAUCGAACCAACCGCUGAGAGCGAGUGUCGCUCUUUGAGUCCAGAUUUGAAAAGAGCCAGAAAAGAGAAUCCAGAUUGUGCGGUGGAUGCUCCGAUCAGUUUACAGAAGAGGGCAGUGUCACUCUAUUUCUCAUUGCAAGACUUGACUGGGAAGAUAAAAAGGUUACAGGACUGUAAGCAGAAGGAAAAAAACACUGAGGAGCUUCAGUACCGACGCUUCAGAGCCAAAAUCAACCCGGGAGAAAGCCAAUGUGCAGAGGAGGAGCUGAAGAAGGAGAUCAGCAAAGACAUGUUCAAACAGAUGGAAAUUGUAGGCCAGUUUAAUCUGGGCUUUAUCAUCACCAAACUCAACUCGGACAUCUUCAUGAUCGACCAGCAUGCCACAGAUGAGAAAUACAACUUUGAAAUGCUGCAACAACACACAGUGCUCCAAGGACAAAAACUCAUUGUCCCUCAAAAACUUCACCUCACUGCAGUCAACGAGAACGUACUGAUGGAAAAUAUUGAGAUCUUUCAAAAGAACGGCUUUGAAUUUCAGAUUGAUGAAGAUGCUCAAGUGAUGGAGAGAGUCAAGCUGGUAUCUCUGCCCACAAGUAAGAACUGGACAUUUGGUCCUACCGACAUUGAGGAGCUGAUCUUCAUGCUCAGUGACAGCCCGGGGGUCAUGUGUCGGCCGUCACGCGUCAGGCAGAUGUUUGCCUCCAGAGCUUGUCGGAAAUCUGUUAUGAUUGGCACGGCACUGAGUACAAGCGAGAUGAAGAAACUGGUGGGUCACAUGGCUGAGAUUGAACAGCCAUGGAACUGCCCUCACGGGAGGCCCACCAUGAGACACCUGGUCAACCUGGAUCUCCUCUCACAAAAUUGAUCAAGAAGAAGAGCAAUCCUACUUGAUGAUUCACUUAUGAAUCAAAAUCUGACCCCAAACAGAUACUGUGUAUAAUUUUCUUAAAUCAUACGUGAUUGUUGGAUUUUUACCUAUAAUUUUUUUUGAAAUGUUAUUUUAAAUGUUCCAUGACAGCACACAGUAUGAACAAAUAAACAAAAUUUAAAAACA